GUUGGUGCUGAUGAGAUGUUGGUUCGGUUUAUAAUUAUUUAUAGAUCCGUCCCUUCGAAUGGUGAGUGUUCUACCGCGACCAGUCCUACGUGCGGAUGUUUACUGAUAGUCGUCUCCACGGCGCAACCAAACACAGCUGACCGUAGCACAAAGCGUACGGUUGUGAGUGACGUUCGCGAACACCGGAAUGAGUGCGGAAAUUAGCAAUUCGUUUGCAUUGGCGCGGAUCGUUGCAAAUAUAAAUAUCGAUCGACCGGCACAGAUUAGCUGCGUGCUUUUGGCCGAUAAACGGGCACAGCUGUUCUCGGAGCAAGUCAUCGAGGUGCGAUGUGAAGACCACCCGGAGUAGGAGUAUGUAGGAGUUUGCGAACGAUUAUCCAAAAAACGUGUCUCCAUUUGUCCAACACGUCUGCCCAUCUGUACACGCUACCGGCUGAAAACAAACAUCGUUUAAUUCUGGCUGAAAGCAACACCCGAUUCCCGAUUGUAGAUAGCGAUCGAUUGCUAUAGACAGUGACAGUGUGCGAGCGAGAACAGAACCAUUUUGUGUGACCCUUAUUCGGUGCACGGAAUGGGACGGAUGGCGCAUAAGUUAUUAGCCUGCUAGAUACCAUUUUCGGUGGCAGGAAGGAAACGAACGCGUAUGCAAAUGUGCACACAUUACUCAUUGCAUUUUUAUAACCUGCUGCUAAUGGUACUAAUGGACGUAAACACUUGGCACUGGUGUAACAGUGUGUAGCGUGCUGUGUGCGAUAGGAAAUCCUUUCAACCUUUGGCCAUGUAGUGUGCUGCGGUGCUAAUGAAAUGUGUCAACUUGUUAUUUUUUCGCAUUUUGUUUUUUAAUGCUAACAACAAAGCACAUUACAAUACCAAAGCAAUUGAUCAAUUUAGACGCGAAGCUGAUACACGAUAACAUUUACCGCCACAAACUUCUUCGCCGUGGGCAAGGUGAUGAUAAUGGCAGUCAGAUAGAGAUAGAUACGCCCUGAACUGUUGCAAGAUGAGUGACAAGUAGUACACACUCUGCUAUUGUCAUCAUCGUUUACCAUCGUUGUCACACAUCAAGGCCGCCCCGAGUGUGAGUGAUCAAAUGCAGCAUCAUCAUUAGCGCUUAAGGCACAGCUUCCAUCUCGGUGCUCGUGCACUCGUGUACUCCGCGCACAGGUACAUGCGCACGUAGCGUACGAGUAGUGCGAUAUACUAAGGCUAUCUGAAAGCUGAAAAGAUGGAUGACUUAGCUAUUGAGUAGUUGGUAGCGUCAAUCAAAAUGAAACCCUACGCGUAAUCUCGCCUGGUGCGGUAGAAGAACAUUAUCAUCACCGGGUUAGUACGAUGAUAAGGAGAAGGUUUUUUUGCUUGUAUACCUUGGCAUUGCAAAUAGGAAACUACGAGCACAUCCAUCAUUUUGGCGAUAGGCAGUUGAAGAAAAAAAAUAGCGUAUUUGAUUAAAAAAAGGAAAGUUGUUUCAUUUUAUUUGCAUUCGUGUUUUAAUGUGCUAGCAAUCUUCUCGAUCGUAGGCUAUAGUGAUUCUAGUACAACAAGGUACAGGUUCUUUGAAUAAUUCAAAGUUAUGCCGCUCGAACAUCGGCAGGUUUUACAGCUUCAUUUACAAUAGCGUAUCGUGUGGUCGAGAGGGAAUUCGACGCUUGACACAACGAAUGAAUUAUUACAAACCUGACAAUGUUCGAGUAGUUUUAUGGUCUAGUGAUAAGUGAAUUUAUUCCAUUCCUCCCCCCGGUACUGAAAUGCUAUUGUCUGUGUACCUCACUAAUGAACUAAAGUCAUACGCUAUCAUUAUCAUCAAUUAGUUGUACCUCGUGGUUUCCCUUUUUUUUAUCUACCGCCCGCAUCAUUGUUUUGUGAGGAGAAAGAAAUGAGUUGACUCGUUUGGUUCUGCUGUCAUCUCUGACUAAACAUCGCAUAUAAGUAAGGUCACGAUCUCGUUUUGGUCAUGGGUCAUCGUUAGUCUACUGAUACAAUAGAUAAAACGAUUAAAUAUUAGUUGGAGUUUGACAUUUCCAUACCUUACGGGGGGCUAAUGAUGCUCUUAUCGUUUGAUGCGUGUGUGAUAAUAUUGGAUGGAAAAUUCCAAAAUAGAAACGUAAUGGUUUUGUAGCUAGUUUUGUUAAUGUUCGUAGUAAUUUGUUUCCUUAUCGUCGCACUGUUCCGUUUCAAUCGUUUCAAUCCCACAAAAAAAGUGUACCACUGAAGCUGUUGGAGUGUUCGCUUCUCCAAUCAAGCCGAUCGUACAGGCGUCGCGGCUUUGUGUCUGGUAAAGAUGUCAAAUAAAUAUUUCUCAGCAAUCAAGGUCCAACCAUUUGAAAGGCAAGAUGAAUCAGAUACUCGAAGUGCAGCACGCCGUAGAAGUGAUCGCGAGAGUUGAACAAUGUGCGAAUGCCAUUGCCUGAGGUUGGUGAUAAUAAUUUUGUUUACUUACAAGCUGUUACUUUGAAGUGGGUCGUUGAAUGGCGUACACAUAGGUGUAGCUGAGAGUUACAAAAGGUAGAGGUUUGUUUUGUUAACGCGGAUAGAACAUUCCACUGGCCAGGGAAGGGAUUGUCCAAAAACCUCAGCCGCCUCAACAGGAGUGUAUAAUUUACAACGGCAAUUCACGACGGUGCACACCCUAUUUACUACUGAUAUUUUGACUUCGGAUGUUAUCGUUCGGGCACGGAACGUACCGAAGGCAGCUUGAAAACGUUGCCCCAAAUCAACCUCGAACCUGGACAGUCUUUGCUUACUAAUUUGUUCCAAAAAAUUGACUACCCCUUUCCAAGAUAACGAUCCGCUUUGACGUGCUUUGUACGCUAGAUGGAGAGUGAGAUUAUUUUAUCUAGUUGCGAUAGUGAUGCUAUCUGUGGUACACGCGUCGCAGGAAUUACAUACCUUCGCGGGGUCUCCUGUGACAGCUGCAUCAACAUUGCGGCAAACGUCAGCCCCUUUCGUCAGCUCCACGUCGUUCCGGGACGUCGUCGUCGUCUCUUGGGUGGACAACACCGUAUGCACCCGUAGCUGUGUAUGAUGAUUUGUACAAACUUCUACGGUGUAUAGCGAUAAAGCAAAUUAAAUAAAACGGGAAGGAUAAACAACUGAAAACGUUAGAGCUCCUGCGUUGUUUGGGGAACGGGUUUGAUUUAUAAAGAUUUUGUUUUGAGUUGUGUGUAUUUUAUUUUUUCUUCGAUAACUUCAUAAAUACAAUGUUCAAAGGUAUUUUAAAUGAAAAUAUUCAUCUAACAUCGGGAAACUAAAUUUUCAAGGUGAUGUGUAUUUUUUUAAAAUUAGUAUAGUGUUAAAAAUAUACACUUGAAUAUGUUCACAACAUUAUACAGCACACACUGUACAUCUGAUAAGAUUGUGCAGCAAUAGCUUGAACAGAAAAAGAGAACGGGAACUCAACUGACGAGUCACCCAUCCACCACGGACGAUCGCUAUAUGCGCUGAUUCGACACAAUGACGACAACGAUGACGAUCAUACACACAGCCAUAGCUGUUAAAGCCCUACCAUUCCGUAGCACGUCUCGCUCGAGAAUCACUUGCGGUAGAACUGUACGGUGCGUCGGUUGUGUUUCAGUGCAUUCGGUCUGGUUCACCGUUUCUUUAGUUCCCGGCAGCAGCUUGCGACCUCGAUCGUAUUUUAUGCGCCUGUUAUUUCCUGCCCGCUAAAGAAACGCUGGUGCGCGUGUACCGGCGUGAGCCAUUUUUGUGUGAUUCAUCGGUUCGUUUGUUGUGUCUCUUUCGGUGCGUACGAUGAAGGUGAUCCUCAAGACGGCAUGGCCCACGACAAAGAUCAUACAAAGGCUUUCGUCCACGUACAGUGUGUAUCCUUGGAGCUACUUACCGUGCCAGGAAGUGCCUGACUCAUAUGACUACAACAACCCAAAUGCAGCUAGCCAUCAGUCCGCAUACGCCCACCCAGGAUCGCCAUACCACCAGCAAAACCAACCGCCACCGUCUGAAACUGGCAGUCCAUCGAGCGAUGCGGUUAUGAUCAAGAUCGAUACACCGUCACCAUUGCGGGACGAUCAGCAACGCUACCCGAAGGAAAUAGGCAAAACGUUGCUAGCGCUAGUGUUUCUGGCACUUAACUUUUUCCUCGCCACCGUUUCGCUGUCGCUGGUGCACGAUCGUGUACCGGAUCGGGACACGCAUGAACCACUGCCGGACGCAUUUCUCGAUCGGGUGCAGGCCCAGGACUGGGCGCUCGAUGUGAGCGAAAUACUGAUCAUGGUGGUGGUGAACUCGUGCGUACUGCUGAUCACCUUCCACAAGCACCGGUUCAUAGUGAUGCGGCGGGUGUUUCUGCUGCUGUCCGUACUGUACAUGAUGCGCUCGGUAACGAUGUACGUCACGGUGCUGCCCGUAUCGAGCCGGACGUACUACUGCAGCCCAAAGUCGAAUGCGAGCAGUGCGGGCGUGAUCGUGAAGCGAGCGUUUCAGCUAAUCUCCGGCAUGGGUCUGUCGAUCAACGGCAAGCAGAUCUACUGCGGUGAUUACAUCUACAGUGGCCAUACAGUGACGCUUGUGCUGGGUUAUUUAGUGAUAUCUGAAUAUUCACCGAAGCGCUUUUGGCCAAUACAUUGGAUCUACUGGAUGGCCAGUAUGACCGGUGUGGUGAUGGUGCUGGUUGCACAUGGACAUUAUACAGUCGAUGUGCUAAUAGCGUACUACGCGACGACGCGACUGUUCUGGACGUAUCACACACUUGCCAACAAUAGUUUACUGCUAAAGCAAAAUGGUAACAAUUACAUUGGGCGCGAAUGGUGGUACUUCGGUUUCCGGUACUUUGAGCGUAACGUGCGCGGCCCCAUUCCGCUCCAGUACGACUGUCCACUUUCACUCCCGGCGUCCUGGACGAAAAAGUCGCCCAAGUUGCCGGGACGUGAAAGUUGAUACCUUCACCAUCGUUGGCUGAUCGUCGACACCUACCUGAUUGUGUUCGCCGAGCCUACCCACCACCAGAGGAAGGAUUAGUGUACAUACGGUUGUGCUUGUAUGCGUGUCCAGUGGAAUACCGUGUGGAAGAAGCCGAAAGAUUCUCCUCUCGUACUCUAAUCCACAGUGUUUCAAUCGAGCAAGACAAUUGGACACAAUCAGUUCUAGCGUGGUGCAAAAGCUUACGCGCAAAGAACUUGAUUUCUGUCCAUAAUAAGAGUGAAAAAAACAAA